UUUAUCCAAGACAAGUGCGGGAAGUUGACUGAGGACGCCACAGAAGAUUAUCGGUCGGAUCGGUCAAAGUCGUUCCCCUGGUUGUCUGCAGAUUAGGUUUUUGAGAGUGCAAAGUCUGCAUCUGGAAGUUUAUUGUCAAUCAGUCCACACGAGCUCGCCCGCGACCUUUGCUAUCACAUCAUCCGCCCUUUCGGCCGCCGUGUCAAGCGACGUACCUCGAGCGUUCCACAGCUUCGCUGCGCACUUAUCAGCGGAGCAAUUGUUAUCACUGGCAACGGAUUGCACCAGCACUCGCGGCAUUGUUUAUAAAAACAUUUCCCACCGCUGGACGGGCAUCAGUCUGUAAGAGGAAGCGACGACGUCGAGAAUCUAAACGCGGUCAAUCCAGAACGCUAGACGCAACUAGAACGUAUUAUCCUAAGAAUCCAGGACAUCUUUUCUACGUCUUAAAUCGUAAUCAUCCCAAGGAGCUUUGCACGGAACGGUGUCAGGAACCAAGUUGAAAGUUUGUGAUUGGUUUGAAACGGGACUUUGUUGAAGUGUUCCAAGUGAAAGACUGUGACGUUGCACAAGUGCAUACAGAAAAGCGGAAAGUUAACGACGACGGAGUUUCACGAGCAUCGGUCGAAUCAUUAGAGAUACAAGAUGCCGCCAAAUGCAACAACAGCUAAUCAACCGCCAACAGAGGUUACUGGCGUGUUGAAUGAAUGUGAUGCCGAAACAAUUGAUGGAGGACUCGUCAAGGAUAUCACACAAUUCAAACGUGCUGAAAAAAGGAAAUUGAAACUCGUAUGGAGAAAUAUUAUUGCUUUUGCUUAUCUACAUGUUGCAGCUGUAUACGGACUAUGGCUUGCACUGACAUCAGCAAAAUGGGCAACUGUGGGCUUCGCAUUGCUCCUUUACGUUAUGUCCGGACUAGGUAUUACAGCAGGUGCACACAGACUCUGGGCACAUCGAUCAUAUAAAGCAAAAUGGCCUCUACGAUUAAUCCUUAUCAUUUUCAAUACAAUUGCAUUCCAAGAUGCUGCUAUGCAUUGGGCUCGAGAUCAUCGUGUCCAUCAUAAAUAUUCCGAGACAGAUGCUGAUCCACAUAACGCAACAAGAGGCUUCUUCUUCUCCCAUAUUGGCUGGCUCCUGUGCAAAAAACAUCCUGAUGUCAAAAACAAAGGCAAAUGUCUUGACACUUCAGAUUUGGAACAAGACCCUAUUCUAUAUUAUCAAAAGAAAUAUUACAUGUUGGUUAUGCCACUGUUAUGCUUCCUUAUUCCAACCGUUGUUCCUGUUUACUACUGGGGCGAAACCUGGACAAAUGCAUGGUUUGUCGCAACAAUGUUCCGAUACACAUUCAUCCUAAAUGUAACAUGGCUUGUCAACAGUGCUGCACAUAAAUGGGGCGGAAAACCAUAUGACAAGAAUAUCAACCCAGCAGAAAAUUCAUCAGUAGCCGCAUUUGCUUUUGGUGAAGGCUGGCAUAACUACCAUCACGUAUUCCCAUGGGACUACAAAACAGCAGAAUUAGGAAACUACAGGCUAAACUUGACUACCGCAUUUAUUGACUUCUUCGCUAAGAUUGGCUGGGCCUAUGACCUAAAAUCAGUUUCACCCAACAUCAUUGAGAAGCGCGUGAAAAGGACGGGAGACGGAACACACCCCCUAUGGGGAUGGGGUGAUAAAGAUCAAGAUCAGCACGAGAUCGAUAACGCAGUGAUAUUGCAUAAGAAAGAUGAAUGAAUUAUUACAUAAUAUUAAACAAAGAACAAACAACUAUUGAAGUAAGUUAGCUAUAAACUGUUGUAAUAUAAGAAAGGAGGAAUUAGAAAUAUUCGAUGCUACACUAAUGAAGAGGUGAAAAUUUGAAUUAUUGGAAAUCAUAAAGGGAUAGAAAUGAUGUAAACAUCGCCCUCAUUUAAUGUGAAAUGGAUGUAAAACAACAAAAGAUUUAUUCAAUUUUUCCUUUAAUGCUACAACCAAUUUUGCUUGGAGCCGAAAUAUCUAGUAGCUAUUCAGCACAGUUGUGAGCAACUAAGCUAAGCUAACGUUGCAUAAAGUAUCUUAACUCGAACCGGAAUAAGUCCAGCCGGAUCACAACUUAAAAAAUCUUGGAAUUGGAAGCCUCCAAUGGAGUCUGAAUGUGGCAAAAAAAUAUUGUUGAUUGUUUCAUACUUAUGUAGGGGGGACCUUUGUGAAUACUUUAAACUACUUCUAUGAGUUAUGUUUGAUUAUCCAUAUUCAUGAAAAACCCAAGGUUUCGUAGAUUUUGCACUGGAAUUCAUUUCAUUUAAAGUAUUUGAACAUGUUUUGUUAGCUUAGCCCUUGUUAGUAACCUUUCAAGGCAACAUAUUUAUUAAAGGCUGUUUUUGUUGGUCUAAGAACAAAUAAACAUUUUGAACAUAUUCUUUUUAAGUUAUUUCUUGAUUCCUCUCAUCACAUCGUACCUUUGAAAUUUCCUUUACUCUCCCAACUUAAUGAAAAAAUUGUUGGAUUUUACUGAGGUUUAUUACGCAGAACUGAAUAAAGGAAUCUUAAGCUUUUAAGCGUGAAUUAUAAAAAUGUUGACACAUAUGAGAAAUUGGUUUGCGUUUGUACUUAUGUUACUUUGUCGUUUUGUGUGUAUAUCGUAUUGUUUACUAUUAGCUCAGAUAACUUUACUGAUGUGAGAGUGAGGACUAAAUGACGGGACUGUGUGGCUCGAAAGUAUUUCCGUAAGGGUUUUAUUGAAAACUUUGCUGAUGUGGUUUCUCUGCUAAUAAAAGACGUGCAUAUGCUCUUGCUGCAAACUGAGCAAUUUUCGAUCGUUAUUAUAUGUAAUUCCAUACUUUGUUAGAACUGAACUGAGAACAAAGUUUAGGAUCAGCAUCGCACAGGUUUUUAAUAGAAUCUCACGCAUAUAUUCUAAGAAUCAAAUGGUUGUAAAGUCUUAUAUUUUUAUAAUGCUAAAUUGAGAAGUGAAUUAUUUUUACGAUGUAACAAUACCAUUAAGUAUGAAGAUAAAGACCUAGUACGGGAAAUUAUAAAAAAUAUCAAGAAAACUCUUAUAUUUGAUUUUUUAUUUCUAUCACGGAGAAGUGAUUUCAAGCAAUUUUGAACCUCGAUUUGUACACUUGGAACUUCAACUGAAUGCCUAGUUUUUACCCAGGAACGCCUAUAUACUUUGUACUAGCUUUAGGUUUGUUAAGAUCCGCAGAUGGAGGCACAAAAAAGAAUAUGUCCUGUUGAUUGAACGCAUUUCCUAACGGUGGUCAUGUUUGCAAUCAAGAAUGUUAUCCUCAGACAAUUGUGACGCUAGUUUGGUGUUUUUCAAUCUCAACAAAUGUAAACUAGCUUUUAGCAGGCCAUUUUUGUUGCAAUCACCUAAUUUAAGGACAUGUAGCGCAAUGAUAUCAAAUAUAAAUCCAUCUCUGAAUUCUACAAAAUUUUGAAGAGAGAUCUGUAACCCAUUCCGUCCGGCUUGCUCAAAUGGAAACUACUAAAUAGAGCCACAUGAAUAAAAUAAAAAGGAUGUUUAAAUUAUCUCACGUUUAUGGGAUCCAAAUCGAAGAAUCAUACACAAUUGUUGAAUCUAUCCUGAGGGCAUGCCAGCUCCUUCAUUCAAUCCUUCCUGAAAGUAGUGGAGCACUGAAAAGUAGAACAGGGAGCGAGUGCAAUUGUUGCCCUGCGUAAAAAGCAAUUUUCUAUGCGCAACUGUUGCGUCAACCGGACGGAAUGAGUUAGGUCAUUAUUGACGUUGUAAUUGUGAAAAAUGAACUUAAGAGGUCAUGACUUGGCAUUAUCUGGAAAAUAAUAAAUUGUCGCUUUGUUCGUCAGAAAAGAGCAAGCCAGUAACAAGCAAAAAACACAAAAAUCGCAUGAUGCAGUAGUUCGUUUUCUUUACUUCCUGAAUAAAUAUUUGUUCGCAUCUAACAGUUCAUUACAUUACAUUACACUAAUAAGCGCACACAAGCUUCAUAUAUACAAUCUCAUCUGUAUCUUCACUUUUGUUUUCCCUUAAGUUAAACAUCCUUCCUAUAUGGAGAAAGGACUUGAGAGGAGCAGGAAUUUCUGAAUAAAGCGACUCAAAUGGGUUGAUCCACUUAAAUAGAAAAGACUAAUGAAAUUCGAAUUCCUGAAAAGACUUAAUUAGAAUGUAUAAGAAAAAAGGGAAUGUUCGUUGUUGAAAUAAGAAAUUCUCAAAUAUUAACUUUCUAUGAGUUGUAUAUUUCUUAUGUUGGGCAUUAUAUUAAGUGUUGUUCAUUUCGCAUUAAAAGACAAUUUCAGAUUAAGAAGAUUGAAGAAGGGCUGUGCCAAGAGAAAAUAUUCAAAGUUAGUGUUCUAGAAUUUUGUAUUGACAUAUUUUAAAGUGGAGAUAAUGCUAAGUAAUAGAGAAGUUGAAAUUAAGGAACGAUCGUUCAUUCAAAAAGAUUAGCUAUCUAUGUUUAUCAAUAUAAUGUCAUUACGACCUGCAAUCUCAGUAUACACACAUUUGUCAAUCACUAACAUUUUUUAUAUAUGUUUUAAUGCACUUGAAGUGAUGCCAAAUUAAGCUAUGCAUAAAUUUCGUUGUUGUAUUGUCAUAUAUUUCUACGAGGUGAAAACAAAGCGAAAUAUGUAAUAAAUGUUUAUGGAUGGAUUAUA